UUUCAGUCUUUUUAUAGCAAAUUUUAAAAAUAAUUUGAAAAAUCAAUCAAAUAUUUAGGUUAAAAUCAGAUAGGUAGUUACUUUUAAAAGUUUAAAAAAAAAGCAAAAGAAUCGCAAAUAAAUAAAUAUUUUACAUAAAAGAAAUAUCAAUAAGAAAUGGACAAGACAUUAAUUAGCCAAAAUGUAGAUAAGUUUAUGAAAGACUUAAAAGCAGUCACAAAUAGAGAUGAGUUUUUAGGGAAAAUGAAGGAAUAUGAAAGCUAAUUUUAUGGAUAUUAUGAAAAAUCAGUAUAAGAUAAUUUAUUAGAUGAACUCAAGAAGAAGAGUUUUUAACCUGAGCAUGUUGAAGCUUAAGCCUUUUUGAGACCACCAACAUAAGCAGAGAAAGACUACAUGCAAGGCCAAUAUAGAUAUAAUAAAUUCAGCAGAUAAAUUGAUGAAGAAUAAUCAUAAAAUUUGAGAUAAAUGUUUUAAUAAAGUUAAGAAGGACAAUUUAAUACUUAUGUUCCUCCAAAAUAUAACUAUAUAGAUGUUUAAGCAAACUCAAAGCAAUAUUAUCCUGAUAAUGAGUUUUUCAUUAAGGAUACUAACAGACCAUAAUAAAGUUUUUCAAAUGCUUAAAAUAUUUUCUUAAACAGAAAUAUUCCUGCUAAUUUACAAGGAUAAGAAACUAAGAACAUUUAUCCUCGUAAGCUUUUUGGAGCUCAAGAACAUGAAGUUUCCCAUCCUUACUUUUUAGCUUAGGAAGCUCCUUCUCUUGCAUUAAAAUAAAAUAUUUAAAAGCUUGGAGGAAUUUAAGAUACUCUUUCAGUCAUGGAACCCUCACUUCGUGAAAACGAAAGAAAAGCUUUUUAUGAAAAGAAUAAAUUUGAUAUACUUUAACAUAAUGUGGGAGUUAAUGAUCCUUCAUAUCUCCCUUUCCCUCAAUAAGCAGUAAUUUCAAAUACAUAAAAUAGACCUCAAGUAGCUCAAAAUGUUGUUUUGCCUAACCCAGCUUAAUAAAAUUAUAAUCCUUUUGAUAGAAAUCCCUAUCAAGUUGCAUAACUCUCUAAUUUAUCACCAAUCAGAAAUGUUUAACCUGAUAACUAUCCUUCUUCUCCAUUCAAUAGAACUGCUAAUUAUGCUCAUUAAAGACCUCCCACAGGUAUGCAGGGAUAAUAUGACAAAUUUUUAUCAUAUAAUGGAGUUAACAACAAUUCUAAUAAAUUUGGUGCCACUACUGAUUUAAGAAAUUAAUUUGAAACUGGUCCAGUAUUCAUUAAUGGAGCACAAAACGUCUGA